AUGAAUCUUUCAAAGUUACUCAAUAAGGUCACACAUCAAUCACAGAAAAGUGAAGAUGCAAAGGACCCGUUUCGUUGUGACCAAGAAUUGGAUGCCUACAUUUGCAACACUUGUACCGAAGAGUUUCCUUCUCAGGAGAAAGUCGAGUUGCAUAUUGGGAAAGUUCACGAUGAGAAGUUUGUAUGUGAUACUUGUAACGAAGUUUGUAGCAGCGUGUAUAAUUUUGCGUUGCAUUUAAAAACGCAUAGUUGUGAAGAUUCGUAUGCUUGCCCUUUGUGUAGCUAUUCUUGCAUUCGUCGACAAGGGUUGUCAACCCAUAUUAAUAGGGUUCACUAUCAUAAAUUCUAUUAUUAUUGCAAAGAUUGUGGAAAAGGUUUUAACGACGGAGUUUUGUACAGAGAACAUAGCAAUGAGCAUCUUGGUAUUAAACCCUUUGUGUGUGUUGUAUGCAAAAAAGAGUUUGUUUUCUCUCGAUACCUUCUAGUCCAUCAAGUAAGAUACCACACAGUUCACAUAGAAGGCAUAUUACAUAAAACCCAAUGUAGUAUUUGUCUGAAAGUUUUCAGCAAAGUCGCCACUUUGCUGAAGCACAUAACAACGAAGCAUAAUCCGAAUGAAGACCCAAACCAGCGUAAGCAUCUAUGUGAUAUGUGUGGUAAAGGUUUCGGGUCUUCAGACAAACUUAAGAUUCACUACAGGGUUCACACCGGUGAUAAGCCAUUCUCGUGCAACUUUUGUGGUAAGAGCUUCACCAAAAAAGAUUAUCUUGUUAUGCACGAAAGAGUUCACACGGGAGAAAAGCCAUACACUUGCGAACACUGUGGUAAAUGCUUCAACCAAGCUUCAUCCUUAAGGAUACACGUUCGUGGUCAUACAGGGGAACGUCCGUACAUUUGCCCGUUUUGUAAUGUUGGUUACAUUUCUAGAGGCUCACUUAACAUACAUAUGAAAAUUUGUAGUGGCGCCGCAUACGGAAAUGUACAAGAUAAAAAAUGAGACUUGUAAAAAAUUUCUUAUUUGUAUUAAAUUGGUUUUGAAACUGGCUUUCAAUUUAUGUACUUGUUUAAUUCGAAUUUACCGACACUUACACGAUUUUUAGAAGCUUUAAAACUCAUAAAUUAUGUCUUUAAUUAAUAUUAAAUGGGCAUUAAUAAAUAAAUUAUUCUUUCAAGU